AUGGCGCUAUCGGGGCAGCUGCGAUGUGCUGCGCGCCCGGCGCACCCCACAUGCAUCAGCGGUGCGAGCAUCUGCAGCACCGGCGCCGCGGCGCGCCCCCUGCGGCCGCGGGCCCGUCUCGCGCCGGCCCCGCGCGUCGCGGCAGACCCGGACCACGCGCAGCCAUUCCAGCCCAUUGGCCUCUCUGCGCAGCAGCGGCUGCAGAUCCCCGCGUUUGACGGCACCGAUUUGCCCGCCGGCAGCACCUUCUCGUCCUACUCAUCGUUCGAGGACGCCCCCGUUGAGCUCGACCUCGACGCCGAGGUGUCGAUCGAGGCCGAGGUUGCGCGGCUGGAGGCGCUGCUCUGCCGGCUGCGCGCCUGCGCCGACAUGGAGGCCAAGCUGGCGCUCCUGGACGCGCAUCCGAGCGUCAGGCAGAUGCGCGCCCACCCGGGCCUGGCGCCGCUGUGGGAGGCGCUGUCCCGCCUGACUCCCGACCAGCAGUACGCCAUCAAGUGCCUCCCCGCCAUCGGGCAGCGGCACCUGCUCCUGCUGGCACCCACGGACGGCCAGUGGUCAGCGCCCCUGAAGCGCCUGGCGGCCGCGCUCACGCGUGUGGAGACCUUUUACGAUUCAAUGGGCGGCCUGGUCGGGUACCAGUUGAAGAGCCUGCAGCUCAUCCUGGCCAACAGCAGCGGCGACGGCAGCGAAUGCGGCGGCGGCGCGCUGGAGGCGUGCGAGGGGGUGCCUGAGCAUGCACCCGGCGAGGCGCAGACGCGCUUCCACGUGCCGCCUGCCCUGGACCUGGCCGGAGAGGCGGGGCGCCGCGUGGGCGUGCGUGCCGCCGCUCAUGGCAUCCUGGCGCUGCCUUUCAUGGCAGAGAUCCUGCCAGUUGGAGGCGCCGGUGACCGCCUGGGCCUGAAGUGUGACGUCACCGGCGACAGCCUGCCGGCGGCGGUGCUGCCCUACACGGGGCGCCCCAUGCUGGAGCUGCUCAUCCGCGACCUGCAGGCGCGUGAGUACCUCUACUGGCAGCUGACCGGGCGCCAGGUCACCACCCCCGUGGCCGUCAUGACGAGCGACGCCAAGGGCAACCACGCGCGCAUCACGGCGCUGCUGGAGCGCAAUGGCUGGUUCGGGCGCGACCCCUCCAGCUUCCGGCUCUUCAGGCAGCCCCUCGUGCCCGUGAUCAGCAGCGAGGACGGGCGGUGGCUCAUGACCGCCCCCUGCAAGGCGAUGAUGAAGCCGGGCGGCCACGGCGCGAUCUGGAAGCUGAUGCACGACGAGGGCGUGUUUGACUGGCUGCGCGCGUCAGGCCGCGAGGCCGCGCUCGUGCGCCAGAUCAGCAACCCCAUGGCGGGCGUGGACACCACCCUGCUAGCCCUGGCCGGCACCGGCUACAUCCAGCGCCGCGCGUUCGGCUUCAUGUCGUGCGAGAGGGUGGUAGGCGCGGCGGAGGGCAUGAACGUGCUGCAGGAGAAGCGCGUGUGGGCGCCCGACGGCCGGGGCGGCGGCCGCUGGCGCUACGACUACGCGAUUACUAACGUCGAGUACACCGAAUUCGAGCGCCUGGGCAUCCAAGACGUGGCUGUGGACGAGGCCUCAAACCACAGCGUGUUCCCCGCCAACACCAACAUCCUGUACGUGGGCCUUGACGCGGCGCGCGCCAAGGUGGAGGCGGCGGUGGCGGCGGGCGGCGGGGACGUGCUGCCGGGGCUGAUCUUCAACAUGAAGAAGAAGGUCAAGUACUUUGACCCGCUCCACAAUGCGGAGCGCGCCGUCUACGCCGGCCGCAUGGAGUGCACCAUGCAAAACCUGGCAGACUCCAUGACCACCACGCUCGACGGCCCCCUGCCUACGCCGCCCGACGGCGCCGCCGCCGCCGGCGACGGCUUGGCGGACGCCCUGAACAACGGCGGCGGCGCGGGGGCCGGCGGCGGCAUGGGCGCUGACCUGGCGGAGGGGCUGGACACAUUCCUGGUCUACAACAUGCGCCGCAAGGUGACGUCGUCGGCCAAGAAGCGCCGCGAGCCCGGCAGCACGCGCAUCCAUCAGACGCCGGACGGGUCCUUCUACGACCUCAUGCGCAACGGGUGGCAGGUGCUGCAGCGCUGCGGCAUGCGAUACGUGCCAGAGGUGAGAUUCUGA